AUGCCGACCUGCCUGCUCCUCACCCUCGAGGCCGUCCCCCUGGCCAGCAUCGUCCUGUGGCUGGAGCCCUACGUAGGCCGCGGAGUGGGCAGCAGCUACGUAGGCAGCGGAGUGGGCAGCAGCUACGUAGGCAGUGGAGUGGGCAGCAGCUACGUAGGCCGCGGAGUGGGCAGCAGCUACGUAGGCCGCGGAGUGGGCAGCAGCUACGUAGGCAGCGGAGUGGGCAGCAGCUACGUAGGCAGUGGAGUGGGCAGCAGCUACGUAGGCAGUGGAGUGGGCAGCAGCUACGUAGGCCGCGGAGUGGGAAGCAGCUACGUAGGCAGUGGAGUGGGCAGCAGCUACGUAGGCAGUGGAGUGGGCAGCAGCUACGUAGGCAGUGGAGUGGGCAGCAGCUACGUAGGCAGUGGAGUGGGCAGCAGCUACGUAGGCAGUGGAGUGGGCAGCAGCUACGUAGGCAGUGGAGUGGGCAGCAGCUACGUAGGCCGCGGAGUGGGAAGCAGCUACUAUCUAAGUCUAUGGGUCAAGACUUAG